AUGUGGGCGCAUCUCGUUCUGAAGCUAGUCGAUGGGCUGGACCGUCAAAACCUCACACUUAAAGCAAUCGAGCAAGCGGUUGACCGGACCCCAUGGGAACUUGAUGAAUUAUAUAAUUCGCUUAUUACCGGUAUGGAUGGCGAUUCGAUCAUGCUCAUCCGAUGGGUCUGUUUUGCGAUAGAACCGUUGUCCAUCAUGGAGAUGCAGUGGGCUCUGUUGGUGGGGGCAGAUCCUGACCACCAGUCAAUGAAGGCGUACCGGGACGACAUUCUUGACAUUGGCCCCAUGAAGGCGAGAGUUACGCAUCUUAGUCGUGGCCUUGUCGAGGUCACCUCAAACUCUCAUCAGGUUGUUCAAUUCGUCCACCAGUCCGUCAAGGACUACUUUAUGAACAAGGGCUUGUUGAAUCUGGACGAGAAUCUAUCGUCUAUUAGCGAAACGACCGCGAUGACCCACCACCAGCUAUCUAAAAUUUGUAUUCGAUACCUACGAAUGGACGAGAUAGGCGACUUUUGCGAAGACGGUGACCCAUAUAAUGUUACCAAGGACUACCCUUUCCUAAGAUACGCUACGACCUCAUGGGUACAACAUCGCGUUCAAUGUGAGAUUCAUGGAACUAUGCGCUAUCCUCUCCUUCCUCUGUUGGGCUGGCCGCCAGAGACUUUCAUGGCGCUAUGGCUCUCUGUCCCUCAGAGGUUUAGCAUACAUCCCAUAGAAUAUAUUCCCAAAAACACUACUCUAGCUCAUAUUAUAUCAAGAUAUGGGCUUGUAGAGGCAUUGUGGGACAUAUUGCAAGAAAACAUGGAGGCCGUGGUAGAUACAAUCAACUCAAAGGAUGAUAAUGGACAAACAACCCUCUCUUUAGCAGCUAGAUAUGGGCAUGAAGCCAUUGUCAAGCUACUAGUUGCUAUACCUGGGGUUAAUAUCAACUCAAAGGAUGAUAAUGGACGGACACCCCUCUCCUAUGCAGCUAUGAAUGGGUAUGAGCCUGUAGCUAAGCUACUAGUUGCUAUACCUGGGGUUGAUGUCAACUCAAAGGAUGAUAAUGGACGGACACCCCUCUCCUAUGCAGCUAUGAAUGGGUAUGAGUCUGUGGCUAAGCUACUAGUUACCAUACCUAGGGUUAAUGUCAACUCAAAGGAUAAUAGUGGACGGACACCCUUCUCCUAUGCGGCUAUGAAUGGGUAUGAGUCUGUGGCUAAGCUACUAGUUACCAUACCUAGGGUUAAUGUCAACUCAAAGGAUAACAGUGGACGGACACCCCUCUCAUGGGCAGCUAUAUUUGGGCAUAAGUCUAUGGCUAAGCUACUAGUUGCCAUGCCUAGGGUUGAUGUCGACUCAAAGGAUAAUGAUGGACGGACACCCUUCUCCUAUGCGGCUAUGAAUGGGUAUGAGUCUGUGGCUAAGCUACUAGUUACCAUACCUAGGGUUAAUGUCAACUCAAAGGAUAACAGUGGACGGACACCCCUCUCAUGGGCAGCUAUAUUUGGGCAUAAGUCUAUGGCUAAGCUACUAGUUGCCACGCCUAGGGUUGACGUCGACUCAAAGGAUAACGAGGGAUGGACACCCCUCUCCUAUGCAGCUAUGCGUGGGCAUGAGUCUGUGGCUAAGAUACUAGUUGCCACACCUGGGGUUGAUAUUGACUUAAAGGAUAAAUAUGGACGGACACCCCUCUCAUGGGCAGUUGCCACACGCCACAAGUCCAUGAUGCAACUACUAGGUUACCCUUCCAGUUGA